AUGCGUAAGCAGAGUCACUGAUGCUGCUGUUCCCAAGCUCUGGCACAGCAGAGUGGCCCUGGAUCCUGCCCUGGGAUGGAGACCCUCGGGAGCUGGUGGCUGUCACACAGACUCCUGCUCUGCUGUGCCUUCUGGGCACUCUGCCUGGGCUCUCCGGACUACGACGAUUACUCCCAGAACAGCACCACCGAGCAGGCAACGACCCCAGAGAUCACCCUGUGUCCCCGAGCCAUCCCUGGGGAAAAGGCAACCGUAGACAACAUCACUUACCUGCUGGUCCACGAGGCCACUCGCUCCCAGCUGGGCAGUGCCAUCACCGUGCGCCUCAUCCCCUGCCUCUACAGCCUGGUCUUCCUGCUGGGGCUGCCCUCCAACGGGCUGGCCCUGUGGGUCCUGGCCACCAGGGCUGAGAAACUCACCUCCACUGUCUUCCUGAUGAACCUGGCAGCAGCAGACCUGCUGCUCAUUUUGGUGCUGCCCUUCAAGAUCAUCUACUACUUCCUGGGCAACCACUGGCUCUUUGGGGAAGGGCUGUGCCGCCUCAGCACAGCUUUCUUCUACGGCAACAUGUACUGCUCAGUGCUGCUGCUCACCUGCAUCAGCCUGGACAGGUACCUGGCCGUGGUUCAUCCCUUCUUCUCCCGUACCUUCCGCACUCCCACCUUGGCCGCGUGUGCCUGCGCUGCCAUCUGGCUCUGUGCCACCCUCCUGACGCUGCCCCUGAGCCUGCAGCAGCAGUCACACCCCCUGUGGGGAGCAGAGCUCGUGCUGUGCCACGAUGUGCUCCCCAGGCACGACGAUGAUGGGUAUUACUUCUACUACUUCGUGUGCCUGAUCGUCUGUGCCUUCCUCCUGCCGCUGCUGCUGAUGCUGUUCAGCUACUGCUCCGUGCUGCGCGUGCUCCUGCCCAGUGGGAAGAAAUAUUCCCACUCUGUGAAGCUCACGGUGCUCGUGGUGGUCACUCUCGUGGCCUUCUACACACCCAGCAAUGUUCUCCUGCUGGUUCACUACUCCAGUUUCUGCUCCAGGCUGCAUGGCAAGCUGUACAUCAGCUACAUGGUGAGCUUGGCCAUCAGCACCUUCAACAGCUGUGCUGAUCCCUUCAUCUACUACUAUGUUUCUGAAGAUUUUCGGGAUAAGGUGAGGAGGACGUUCUUCAGUGACAGAAAACAAACCACCACGUCCCUAAAGACCUCCAAGGAAACACUCCCUCGUUCCAAACACUCACUGGUGUAA